AUGGUCAGCCUCCCCACCCCGGACGCCAUAGCCGGCACAACAAUCGCCUUCUCCUUCAUCCUCCUCGGCAACGCAAUCACGCAGUCCUUCAUGGGCGUGCCCGCCCUCCUGAUUGACUUCCCCCGCCCAUCCUCCCCCGAACACCCCCGCGCCGCCCGCCUCUUGGGUCGCCAGUGGCCUGUCUUCUGGCAGGUAGGCAAUGUGUUCUUCCGGCCCAUCUCCACCCUUGGCAUCCUCGGGUAUGGUUACACUGCCUUCUCGGCCUGGAGAUAUGCCUCGGCCAUGGCGGCGGAGAACGGGUGGCAUACCGCGCUCGUGCCUGCGCAUGGGCAGGUGGAGAGGGGGAAUUGGAAGAUUUGGGGGGUUUGCGCGCUGUGUCACUUGGUUACUGUUGUUCAUAGCGCCUUGAACAUGCAGCCGCUGAAUGCGAAGUUGGAGGGUCUGAGUGCGGUAGAGGUGGUGGAUGGGGGGAACAAGAGGACUGAUGGGGUUGUCGAGGGGGCGGGGAGUAAGGGGAAGGGGGGAGUGGAUGUGAGUUUGGCAGAGUAUUAUGCUAGGAGGUGGAUCAAGUUGAACUUGGUGAGGGCGUUGAUGCCGCUUGUGGCGGGGAGUUUGGGGCUGUGGCAGAGUUUGGGGGCGAAGGAGGUGCCGGUGAAGGGGGUCAUUGUGUAG